AAUAGUAUUAUAUUUUCCAUAAAUCGAGGGUUUUUAAACAAUCUUUUGUACUACCUUAUUUGUCCGAUCAUUUUCUUCCUUCCUUCUCCUGUUUUGAAUUUGAAUAAAAAAAUGGUGGAAUCAAAGAAGAAGAUGUUAACAUAUGAAGAAAGUCGAUUGAAGAGAUUGGAAGAGAACAAGAAGAGAAUGGAAGAACUCAAUCUUACUAAGCUCGCUCAAGCUGUUCGUAGUGCUACGAGCCCUAAGCCUUCUCCUAUGAAGAAGGUGAAACCGCGGGUUAGACAGGAGGUGGAUCUUUCUUCUGUGAGAAGGUCUAAUCGUGUUGCGGAUAAGCCUGCUCCCAACUACAGAGAAGCUGUUAUUGAACCUUUGGGACGACCAAGGAGCUACAGGCGAAGAGAUUUGUUAAAUCGCGUCUAUGCUGCAGAUGAGGAUAGGCAGUAUGCUAUAGAAAGAGCAGAGCAGUUGCAAUCAGAGUUUGAUGCUGAUUUCCCAAGUUUUGUGAAACCUAUGCUGCAAUCACAUGUAACUGGUGGGUUUUGGCUGGGUCUUCCUGUUCAUUUUUGCAAGACACAUCUCCCUAAACAUGAUGAAUAUGUCACCUUGAUUGAUGAGAAUGGAGAUGAAGCCGAGACAAAAUACCUUGCGUUGAAGACGGGGCUGAGUGGUGGAUGGAGGGGUUUUGCCAUUGAUCAUGAAUUAGUUGAUGGUGAUGCACUUGUUUUUCAGUUGAUUGCGCCAACAAGAUUUAAGGUUUAUAUCAUAAGGGUUAAUCAAGCGGAAGAUGAGGAGACAGAAGGGGUGGAUAAUGUCAUUUAAAUUAGGCACCAUGAAAUCAAUCAAGGAACAAAAUGCAACUCACCAGAUUGUUUUGAACCACCCUUCUGUCUAUUUUGUUUUGAGUACCUGGAAGUAGCAUCAUUGUAAUUAUUAUUGCUGCUUGAACACUGAUUGGAACAUCGUAGCACAGUACUAGUGACGGCAAAGACCACUGCCAAAACUCAACUAUGCAAUACGCAUGGUGCAGUAGUUUUGUUUAUCCUGUAGAUUUUCCCUUCAAGUUUACAGGAUGUAUUUAUUCUAUAGUUAUUAUUUA